AUGGACGCGACGAGUGGGAUCGGUGUGCUCGUGUGUCCAGAGCUGGGAUUUUCAACGUAUUGUUUGACGUCGGUAGAGCGCGCGCGGGCGUGCGCGAGGUGGGAAACAGCGAUCGUGGCGUGGGCGGGACGGGUGGCGAGAUAUUUGAACGCGCACGUCGCGGUGGGACACGCGAGGGAGGACCCGGAGACGCAGAAGGUGUAUAACUCGCAGACGGUGGUGGACGCGAACGGCGUCGCGCGACACGUCUACGACAAGUCGCAUCUGUACUGCGUGGACGAGGAGUGGGGUUGCGGCGAGGGCAAGGGAUUUGAGACGUAUGAGCUCGAUCUACGCUGUUUCGCCGAAGACGACCGAGGGGUCAUCGGAGAGGUGACGCGACGAGUGACGUGCGCGUCGGCGAUUUGCAUGGACAUAAACCCGUACAAAUUCGAAGCUCCGUGGGACGCGUACGAGCUGGCGAACGCGUGCGCGGGGUGCGAACUCAUUUUAUUCAGCAGCGCGUGGACGAACGCGCAUCCGGACGAUGAUAUCGAGGUGAAACGUGCGCCUAUAGAUUUUGCGGAAACCGUCACGUAUUGGCUCGCCAGGCUGCGACCGCUAAUCGGAAAGCGGGAGCCGAACGGAACGCACUUCAUUUGCGCGAAUCGCAUAGGCGUCGAGAACGAUAUCCAAUUCACUGGAUGUUCGUGUUUAGUCGAUUUAAGAUCGCCUCCGAUCCUUCGCGGCGCGAUGGAGAAGCGAGAGGAGGGUAUCGCGUCGGCGCUGAUUCCGCUCGGCGGAGAGGACGACGACGACGACGAUGACCUCGCGCGUCGCGUCUCCUCCUUUAUCUCCACCGCGGUGACGUAG